AUGGCCGAUCCCAACAACUCCAACUCCUCGCACCCAACCCCCGGCAAUAAUCAUCCCGGCUACGAGAAUGGCUCGCACGCUCAAAUGCCUCCGCCCCUGAGCAUUCCACAAAAUAACAGCACUGUCGGCCCCGCUCUCGGCGGAAGCGGUGUCUCUUCGCCAUCCAGUGGGGAUGCGAGUCGUGCUGCUCCCGAACCGAACAAGCGCGCCCUGUACGUCGGUGGACUCGACCCCAGGGUUACAGAAGACGUUUUGAGGCAGAUCUUCGAGACGACGGGACACGUGCAGAGCGUGAAGAUCAUCCCCGACAAGAACUUCCAAGCCAAAGGCUUCAACUACGGCUUCGUCGAGUACGAUGACCCGCAAGGCGCAGAGCGCGCCAUGCAGACCCUCAACGGUAGACGUGUGCACCAGCAGGAGAUUCGUGUGAAUUGGGCCUAUCAAUCCAACACGACAUCCAAAGAAGACACGUCCAACCACUUCCACAUCUUCGUUGGCGAUCUCUCCAACGAAGUCAACGAUGAGGUCCUCCUCCAAGCGUUCUCCGCGUUCGGCACCGUCUCCGAGGCGCGUGUCAUGUGGGACAUGAAGACCGGCCGCUCCCGUGGCUACGGCUUCGUGGCUUUCCGUGAUCGCGCCGAGGCCGAGAAAGCCUUGAGCUCCAUGGACGGCGAGUGGCUGGGAUCGCGCGCCAUUCGCUGCAACUGGGCCAAUCAAAAGGGGCAGCCAUCGUACGCGCAGCAACAAGCCAUGGCUCAGAUGGGCAUGACGCCCACCACGCCCUACGGCCACCACACCUUCCCCACCCAAGGAGCGCAGUCGUACGAAAUGGUCGUUCAACAAACCCCUCAAUGGCAGACCACUUGCUACGUGGGCAAUCUCACUCCCUACACGACUCAGAACGACCUCGUGCCUCUCUUUCAGAACUUCGGCUACGUCACGGAGACUCGCUUCCAGUCCGACCGCGGCUUUGCCUUCAUUAAGAUGGACACGCACGAGAACGCGGCCAUGGCGAUUUGUCAACUUAGUGGGUACAACAUCAAUGGCCGUCCGCUCAAGUGCAGCUGGGGCAAGGACCGGCCCCCUACCGGCCAGUUUGAUGGGUAUUCGCCUCCCUCUCAGCCCCAAUCGGCCUAUCCGCCCACCCCGCAGACCUUCUUCCCUCAAUACGGGCAGCCGACCGCCAUGUCGCCUCAAGGUGAGCCUUGCCCUCCCCGCCACCCCGAGGUCGUGUUCAAUUUGCUAAUUGCGUCCGCGCAGCUGCCACACCAGGCGGUCAAUUCUCCCCCUCUCAUCCGCCCCCGGGCAGCUGGCCUUCGGCAAUGA